AUGAGAAGCAAGAUGUCCUCAAAAGUGGAUAUGAGUUUAGAGGACAUUAUCAGCUUGACCAAGUCUAGACGAGGUCGAGGUCGAGGUAGGGGAAGAGGUGUGCAACGAGGCCGUGGUGGAGGUGGAGGGGGAGGGCCCCUGAGGCAAACCCGAGGUGGAGGCAUCAGGCGUAACACUGCCAAGCCCUAUACCCGAGGAAAUAUUGGUGGAGUGUGGCAGCAUGACCUGUUUGAGGGAGACCAACUUGGAGGAAGAAGAGGAGGUGGUGGAUCAGCAACAGGUGGCCCAGCCAAGCUCCUAGUCUCCAAUCUGGAUUUUGGUGUCUCUGAUUCUGAUAUCCAAGAGUUGUUUGCCGAGUUUGGGGCACUGAAGUCAGCAGCCGUACACUAUGAUCGAUCGGGUCGAUCCCUUGGCACGGCAGAUGUGAUCUUUAUGCGUCGAGCCGAUGCCAUCAAAGCCAUGAAGCAGUACAAUGGGGUUCCCUUGGAUGGAAGGCCAAUGAACAUCCAGCUGGCUAUGUCUCAGAUCCCAUUUGAAAACCGUUCUCCCAGGGGAGGUGCUGGUGGAGGUGCUGGAGGAGGUGGAAGAAGGCCUUUUGGACAGUCAAGUCAAACUGGUGGCUUUGGAGUACUUCACACUAGUUGUAACCCGGACGGCGAGGAGGAGGUGGCCGUGGAUUUCGAGGUGGUGGUGGUGGUGGUGGUGGGAGAGGCCGUGGACGUGGGCGAGAUGAUGAACAAUAAUGAAUCUGGGGAAAGGCAGCAGACAACAUUGCGCUGUGCAUAUCGGAACUACCAGUGUCGGGAGCCAAUGCUCCAAGGCUACAGGUAUUGCCUAAGUCACAUCCUUGAGGAUAAGACUGCCCCUUAUCGGCCCUGUGCCUAUGUGUAUCUCUCAACGGGGCGCAAGUGCUUCAAUGCUGCACCUCGUGAUGAUGGUUCUCAAGUUGGCUUCUGUGCCCAGCACCGGAGGAGUUACGUUCUGCUGAAGCAGGUAUCUCAAGCCUUGGAGAAACAAGCAGGGAAGCAGAAUGUCGAUGCUGUGUGGGGCCCACUCAAACGUUACAUGAAGGCUGACUCAGAUCCUAUGGCCAGAGGGGAUGUUGAUGUCAAGCGGGCAUUCAUUGAAUCCUCUGCCAAGUGUGGCAAGACACAAGAUGAUGCUGACUCUGAUUUGGACAUACUGGCUGUCCGGGAAGAGGAUCCUGCAUUGAUGAACCUGAUCAGCAUGUCACAUGUUGAUGAGGAGAGUAGUGAUGCUGACAGCAUUGAUAGCCUUGUGGAUGAGGAUGGAGAUUCACUCAAGACGGCUGGAGUCUACACAGAUGCUGAGGUGGUACGGCUGGCAUAUGAGAAGACCCUCAGACUGAGGCAGCUGUAUGAAGAGGAGUUCAAGACCAUUGAGCAACUCUUGAAGAUUAAGAAGAUGCAGUAUCAUCAGGAUCUGCGGCAGGAGAGGGAACUUUAUUGCAGCAUCCAUGACUCACCUAAAACAACCCUAUCUGACGAGGAGGCAUACAAAAAGUUGAAAGCGUUGAAGCGCUACCAGUCAUAUCAUGGGGCUGAUGCCCUGGUCCAACGACAGGCACAUCUCCGGCGUACCCAGGUGAAGGAUGGGUUGAACCUGAAGCCACAGUUGCAUUCCAAGUGCUCGUACACAGAGGGAGGUGUGAAAUGUGGAGCUCGCACCAUCCCUCUAACCAAGUUCUGUCGCAAGCACAUCCUCCAUGACGGGCAGCAGCUUCUGUUUCGUGGGUGUGGUGGGAAGAGUGGUAGUGGGGAUGAUUCACUGGAAGAGUGUCGGGAACCUGUGCUGGGAAUCUUCCCCUCUGAGGCCUGUGUUUAUCAUAGUGUUCUACCCUCUAUUGACAUCCAUGAAGAGCAAUUGCACUUGGAAAAUGGGGAUGAUGAUGUUGUAGUCCCAGCUACUCCAGCACCAUCUCCAGAGCCACCAGGAACCUCUACCGAAGUACAGGAUCUUGUGGAUACUGGAACCAACUUCUCUCAGCCUGGGCCCAGCUAUCUCCAGUGAAACAUGAGCCAAACAGAAUACUUGCUUACUUCAUUAGUUCAUCUGUGAUCACAUCACCCUCAAGUACAAAUUAAAGUUUCUGAGAUUUUUUUUAAAAUGAGAGUUCACUUAAAAGUGGCCUUUAAUAUUCUAAAUGUCAUAUUGUCAGUCAGUCACUCAGGCAGUCAUGGCUUCUCAAGCAGGUGGCAUUAUAGCUGAAAGCAGAUCUACAGAGGCACAUGAUAGAUUGACCCUUGUUGCUAGACUUGCAAGAAGCAGACAAUUGCUUGGACUAUUUUUUAGUUCUGAAUGCCAAAUAACCCAGAAGGGGUUUCUGAGAAUGCCACAAAGUUUGAAGAUAUUCUGCAAUGCUCCCCUGUUUAGGCCAGCCAUAUUGCUCAGAAAAAAUGUCUAAACUGUUAUUUGUUAUCACAUGAUCCAUAGCAUGAUUUUUUAACAUUGCCUGCAAGUCUCUUCAUGCACUGUAUCCCAGGUCUCCUCAAGGAACUCAGUCCUCUCUUAUGCCCCUAGUCUGAAAAAGUAGUGUUGGAAUGUCAAGGCUCAAUGUUCACCUUGCACUUCUCAUAAGGCUUGUCAACCCAGAGUUCAUCAGAGCCUUUGGGCUUGCAGCAGUUAUCCAAUCAUGCUAAGAUUCACAGUUUUGCUCAUUCAGAUUGAUGUAUGGUUGUUGUCUGUGUCAAUGAACCUCCUCUCAAUCUGUUCCUGCAUGUUUUUCUUCUCAUCCAUCUUGAACACAUGCAGACAGAAAUAGCUACUUAUUGGUUUAAUUAUUAAAAACUUUUCACACCUUUCAACCUGGAAAGUGCAGUAUGUUACUAAUGUGCUGCAUGAGUUUCUGCCUUGAG